UGCCAGUCAGAGCCUUCUGGAUAACUGAGAAUCAGGAGGAGCAUUAAAAAGGAAAGCACAUCAAGCCAGGAAUCAAAAUCUUUCCACUUCCUGCAGAAAAGCACAAAACCCUUCUCCUUCCCCAGCAGGUGAGGGAGAGAAAAACAGGAAGAGAGUUUUGAGCUGUAAAACAUGGAGUAUGUUGAACUCAAGGGAACCUUACCUGAAAAGGUCAAGGGGGAGAAUUUCCAAAUUCAGAAAGAGAGAGAACGAUGUGGGAGAAGCAGAGAUUGUAGAUCCCGGCUGAUUAUUCAGGAGAGGAUCCACACCAGAGAAAAGCCAUACAAAUGCUCCAGAUGUGGCAAAAGCUUUACUUGCAAGAGCUCCCUGGUGAUUCAUCGAAGGACCCACAGUGGAGAGAAGCUAAAGCAGUGCUCUCAGUGUGGCAAAAGCUUUACCAGACACGCCAGUCUGGUAUAUCACAGGAGGACUCAUUCCGGAAAGAAGCCGCAUGAGUGUCUGGAUUGUGGGAAAAGUUUCGUUUGGAAUUCCCACCUGGUGAUGCACCAGAAGACUCACACGGGAGAGAAACCAUAUGAGUGUCUGAAUUGUGGGAAAAGUUUCAGUCGGAAUUCCAACCUGGUGAUUCACCAGAGGACUCACACAGGAGAGAAACCAUAUAACUGUCCGGAUUGUGGGAAAAGUUUCAGUCAGAAUUCCCACCUGGUGAGUCACCAGAGGACUCACACAGGAGAGAAACCAUAUGAGUGUCCGGAUUGUGGGAAAUGUUUCAGUCUGAAUUCCAACCUAGUGAUUCACCAGAGGACUCACACAGGAGGGAAACCAUAUGAGUGUCCGGAUUGUGGGAAAUGUUUCAGUCGGAAUUCCAACCUGGUGAUUCACCAGAGGACUCACACAGGAGAGAAACCAUAUGAGUGUCCGGAUUGUGGGAAAAGUUUCAGUCAAAAUUCCCAGCUGGUGAUGCACCAGAGGACUCACACGGGAGAGAAACCAUAUGAGUGUCUGGAUUGUGGGAAAAGUUUCAGUCAGAAUUCGACCCUGUUGAUUCACCAGACGACUCACACAGGAGUGAAACCUUAUGAGUGUCUGGAUUGUGGGAAAAGUUUCAGUCAGAAUUCCAGCCUGGUGAAACACCAGAGGACUCACACAAGAGAGAAACCGUAUGAGUGUCCGGAUUGUGGGAAAUGUUUCAGUCUGAAUUCCAGCCUGGUGUUGCACCGGAGGACUCACACAGGAGAGAAACCAUAUGAGUGUCCGGAUUGUGGGAAAUGUUUUAGUUGGAAUUCUAACCUGGUGAUUCACCAGAGGACUCACACAGGAGAGAAACCAUAUGAGUGUCCAGAUUGUGGGAAAAGUUUCAGUCGGAAUUCCCACCUGGUCAUACAUCAGAGGACACACACAGGAGAGAAACCAUAUGAGUGUCCGGAUUGUGGGAAAAGUUUCGUUUGUAAUUCCCACCUGGUGAUGCACCAGAAGAGUCACACAGGAGAGAAACCAUAUGAGUGUCGGGAUUGUGGGAAAAGUUUCAAUAUCAAUUCCAGCCUGGUGAAACACCAGAGGUCUCACACAAGAGAGAAACCGUAUAACUGUUCGGAUUGUGGGAAAAUUUUCAGUCGGAAUUCCAACCUGGUGAUUCACCAGAGGACUCACACAGGAGAGAAACCAUAUGACUGUCCGGAUUGUGGGAAAAGUUUCAGUCAGAAUUCCCACCUGGUGAAUCACCAGAGGACUCACACAGGAAAGAAACCAUAUGAUUGUCCGGAUUGUGGGAAAAGUUUCAUUCGGAAUUCCAACAUGAUAAGACACCAGAGGACUCACACAGGAGACAAACCAUACGAGUGUCCGGAUUGUGGGAAAUGUUUCAGUCGGAAUACCCACCUGGUGAUACAUCAGAGGACUCACACAGGAGAGAAACCGUAUGAGUGUCCGGAUUGUGAGAAAAGUUUCAGUCAAAAUUCCCAGCUGGUGAUGCACCGGAGGACUCACACAGGAGAGAAACCAUAUGAGUGUCUGUAUUGUGGGAAAAGUUUCAGUUGGAAUUCCACCCUGUUGAUUCACCAGAGGACUCACACAGGAAUGAAACCGUAUGAGUGUCCGGAUUGUGGGAAAAGUUUCAGUCAGAAUUCGCAGCUAGUGAUGCACCAGAGGACUCACACAGGAGAGAAACCGUAUAAGUGUCUGGAUUGUGGGAAAAGCUGCAGCAAGAAUUCCCAGCUGGUGAUGCACCAGAGGACUCACACAGGAGAGAAACCGUAUAAGUGUCUGGAUUGUGGGAAAAGCUUCAGCCAGAAUUCCCAGCUGGUGAUGCACCGGAGGACUCACACAGGAGAGAAACCUUAUGAGUGUCCGGAUUGUGGGAAAAGUUUCAUUCGGAAUUCCAACAUGGUAAGACACCAGAGGACUCACACAGGAGACAAACCAUAUGAGUGUCCAGAUUGUGGGAAAAGUUUCAAUUGUAGAUCACGGCUGAUUAUUCAGGAGAGAAUCCACACCAGAGAAAAGCCAUACAAAUGCUCCAAAUGUGGCAAAAGCUUUACUUGCAAGACCUCCCUGGUGAUUCAUCGAAGGACCCACACUGGAGAGAAGCUAAAGCAGUGCUCCAAAUGUGGCAAAAGCUUUAGCAGGCACGCCAGCCUGGUGCAUCACAGGAGGACUCACACAGGAGAUAAACCGUAUGAGUGUCUGGAUUGUGGGAAAAGUUUCAGUUGGAAUUCCAACCUGGUGAUUCACCAGAGGACUCACACAGGAGAGAAACCAUAUGAGUGCCCGGAUUGUGGGAAAAGUUUCAGUGUCAAAUCCAGCCUGCUGGUACACCAGACGACUCAUACUGGAGAGAAACCGUAUGAGUGUCCGGAUUGUGGGAAAAGUUUCAGUCGGAAUUCCCACCUGGUGAGACACCAGAGGACUCACACAGGAGAGAAACCGCAUGAGUGUCUGGAUUGUGGGAAAAGUUUCAGUCGGAAUUCCCACCUGGUGAGACACCAGAGGACUCACACAGGAGAGAAACCGCAUGAGUGUCUGGAUUGUGGGAAAAGUUUCAGUCGGAAUUCCCAGCUGGUGAGACACCAGAGGACUCACACAGGAGAGAAACCAUAUGAGUGUCCGGAUUGUGGGAAGCGUUUCAAUCAGAAUUCCAACCUAGUGAUACACCAUAGGACUCACACAAGAGAGAAACCAUCUGAGUGUCCGGAUUGUGGGAAGCGUUUCAGUCAGAAUUCACAGCUGGUGAUGCACCAGAGGACUCACACAGGAGAAAAACCAUAUGAGUGCCCGGAUUGUGGGAAAAGUUUCAGUGUCAAAUCCAGCCUGCUGGUACACCAGACGACUCAUACUGGAGAGAAACCGUAUGAGUGUCCGGAUUGUGGGAAAAGUUUCAGUCGGAAUUCCCACCUGGUGCGACACCAGAGGACUCACACAGGAGAGAAACCGCAUGAGUGUCUGGAUUGUGGGAAAAGUUUCAGUCGGAAUUCCCAGCUGGUGAGACACCAGAGGACUCACACAGGAGAGAAACCAUAUGAGUGUCCGGAUUGUGGGAAGCGUUUCAAUCAGAAUUGCAACCUAGUGAUACACCAUAGGACUCACACAAGAGAGAAACCAUCCGAGUGUCCGGAUUGUGGGAAGCGUUUCAGUCAGAAUUCACAGCUGGUUAUGCACCAGAGGACUCACACAGGAGAGAAACCAUAUGAGUGCCUGGAUUGUGGGAAACGUUUCAGUCAGAAUUCCCACCUGGUGAUACACCAGAGGACUCACACAGGAGAGAAACCAUAUGAGUGUCUGUAUUGUGGGAAAAGUUUCAGUCAAAAUUCCCAGCUGGUGAUUCACCAGAGGACUCACACAGGAAUGAAACCGUAUGAGUGUCCGGAUUGUGGGAAAAGUUUCAGUCAGAAUUCGCAGCUAGUGAUGCACCAGAGGACUCACACAGGAGAGAAACCGUAUAAGUGUCUGGAUUGUGGGAAAAGCUGCAGCAAGAAUUCCCAGCUGGUGAUGCACCAGAGGACUCACACAGGAGAGAAACCGUAUAAGUGUCUGGAUUGUGGGAAAAGCUUCAGCCAGAAUUCCCAGCUGGUGAUGCACCAGAGGACUCACACAGGAGAGAAACCUUAUGAGUGUCCAGAUUGUGGGAAAGGUUUCAUUCGGAAUUCCAACAUGGUAAGCCACCAGAGGACUCACACAGGAGACAAACCAUAUGAGUGUCCAGAUUGUGGGAAAAGUUUCAGUCGGAAUUCCCAGCUGGUGGUGCACCAGAGGACUCACACAGGAAUGAAACCAUAUGAGUGUCCGGAUUGUGGGAAAGGUUUCAGUGUUAGGUCCAGCCUUAUAAAUCAUGUAGGAUUACACAUAGGAGAGAAACCAUUCAAAUGCCCAGACUGUGGACGGUGCUUCACAAACAAUUCCUCCCUCAGCAGACACAAGAAAAAGCACGUGAGGGAGAAGUUGAAGAGUGUAGAGAUGAUUUGAAUUUCACAUCUCAUCUACCUUUGGGCAUCCAGCUGAAAAGUUACGUAUUGAAUAUGUGGCCUGAUUCUUUGUAGUCAAACAUUUCUUGGUAUUAGAGAUGAGCGAGAGGGGAAAGAAAUGGAGAAUAUUAGUAUGAGAAAGGCUAACUACACGUAUCUGGCUAUCAGCAGAAGUUCCCAGUAAGCUACUGCAGGUCCUAAACGAUACAGGAAAAAAAGAUGGGAGUACUCAGAUUUUAUGAGAGAAUCCAUUAGGGACGUUUGUGGCAGUGACAAAAGCCCUGUAAGGUUUCAGAUGGAAAGGCUGUUCUGCCUUGCAGUUGCGCAUGAUGCAGGAAUAUUGAGUUUAGGAGAAAAGGCAUUGUGGGUCUGAGCGUAGGAUCGCCAGGUUUAGGAACAGUCCCUGCUGUGAUCUUGUUGGCUUGGAGGUGCCUGCUUGGUAGCCCUCGAUGGCUGUUGGUGACAGCAGCGCCAAGAGGAUGACCCUUUUGUUGCAUCCCACUUGGUGGUGGUGAUGGGAGGAAAAAAUUGCUCGGUGGAAGAUGUUUCAUGUCUAGUAAUAGAUUGUGUAAGAACCAUUCCUGGAUUUUGGGAGGGAAAAAAGACUGGGUAGUGUCAGCAUUGCUGUGGGGCCGAGGUAAGGCAAAGCUCCCUUCCCAAGACAUGGGAGGCAUUUCCAUUUCUUUCACUCCUCUCUCAGGGCUAAUUUUAAUUUCCCCCCCCAAAAUCCCUACAAGUAAAAAGAGUAAACUAAUUUGGAGCCCCUAGUGGCAUUUUAGCUAUGCAGAGGAAUGAUCCUGAUUUUGCUGAGUUCAGAAGACACCAAAGAAUUCAAGGCUUGUUCAUUGCAGGAACCCAAUUCAGAGAUCAGGUUA